AAUGAAAUUGUAUGGACUAAGAUUUGGUUUGUUCCUGAGACAUUUGUCUUUGUGACUUUGUCUUGUGAUCAGGAUAAGGACCAGAGGAGUUUGGACAUGGAUACGGCAAAAUCCAUGCUGGCUUUACUGCUGGGCAGAACGUGGCCUCUCUUCCCAGUCUUUCACCAAUUCCUGGAGCAGUCCAAGUACAAGGGGAUGAAUAAGGACCAGUGGUACAACGUUCUGGAGUUCAGCAGAACCAUCACAACAGACCUCAGUAACUACGAUGAAGACGGAGCUUGGCCAGUGCUGCUGGACGAGUUUGUGGAAUGGCUAAAAACGCGGUCGGCGUUUGAGCAGAGAACGUCGCAACACCAGACAUGAGAAGGAAGGAGAGAAAAAGGGAAAAUGACGCUCACACACACACACGGACUACAGACCCAUCCCAUCAGACGUCGUUUCUAUGCAUCUGAGCACGUCGGCCAACUGUUGUCAGGAGGCUUUUCUCUCACCAACUGGAAUUUAUUUUUAAAAAAUUGUUUUAAUUUGCAGUUAAGAGUCACAGAGAGGAAGUGUUUCUAGGGAAAAAGGAAAUUGGAAAAAAAAGGACUGAGAGAAAGACGGAGCUCUGGAAUCUGUUGUCUUGAUAAUUACCCCCCCACCACCACCAUUUUGUGUAUUGUUUAUUGAUGUUUCACAGUAAUAAUAAAGAAAAAUUGAAAUGUAA